CAGACAGAUCAACAGCUAGAUUGUGCGUUAGAUUUGAUGAGGCGUUUGCCUCCCCAACAGAUAGAGAAAAACCUUACAGAUCUCAUUGACUUGGUACCAAAUCUAUGUGAAGACCUACUUUCCUCUGUGGACCAGCCUCUGAAGAUUGCCAGAGACAAAACUGUGGGCAAAGACUACCUCUUGUGUGACUAUAACCGAGAUGGAGACUCGUACAGGUCUCCCUGGAGUAACUCUUAUGAUCCUCCACUCGAGGAUGGAACCAUGCCGUCAGACAAACUACGGAAGUUAGAAAUUGAUGCUAAUAACGCAUUCGACCAAUAUAGAGAAAUGUAUUUUGAGGGCGGCGUGUCGUCUGUCUACCUUUGGGACCUUGAUCACGGAUUUGCUGGUGCUAUACUCAUUAAAAAAGCUGGUGAUGGGUCCAGAAACAUAAAAGGCUGCUGGGAUUCCCUUCAUGUUAUAGAGGUCCAGGUAUGAUAUCAGCCGAAUUGUUUAGUA